AUGUACAAAGAUCCUACCAAGCCCAACAUCGUGCUCAUCCUCGCCGACAAUCUCGGCUGGGGUGAGCUAGGCUGCUACGGUGGCGGUAUCCUCCGCGGUGCCGCGACACCUCGCAUCGACAAGCUCGCGACUGAAGGUCUUCUCCUGCACAACUUCAAUGUCGAGAGCGAUUGCGUACCUACCCGCUCGGCCUUGAUGACAGGCCGACAUCCCAUACGCACGGGAUGCCGCCAGUCUGUGCCGGCUGGGUUCCCCCAGGGACUGACGAGAUGGGAGCGCACACUGCCGGAGUGUCUUAAGCCGCAAGGGUAUGCUACUGCGCAUCAUGGCAAAUGGCAUCUUGGUGACAUUCCUGGUCGGUAUCCUUCAGACCGUGGCUUCGAUGAAUGGCUUGGAAUCCCUCGAACGACCGACGAGAGCCAGUUUACUUCCGCGUUGGGUUAUGCACCUGAAGUCGCCGAGCUCCCAUACAUCAUGAAGGGCAUUGCAGGCCAGGACUCGGAGAACAUCUGUAUCUAUGACCUGGAAAAGAGGCGGCUAAUUGACGAGAUGCUCGUUGAUCAGUCCAAAGACUGGCUGUCGCGUCAAGUCAAGGCCGAAAAGCCCUUCUUCCUCUACCAUCCUCUCGUCCAUCUGCACUUCCCAACUCUCCCGCAUCGCGACUUUGAGGGAAAGACAGGCCAGGGUGAAUUUGCCGACUCAAUGGCCGAGAUGGAUUAUCGCGUCGGCGAACUCAUCGACCACCUUGACAGUCUCGGAGUCAGCGACAACACUGUCCUCAUCUUUGCGUCAGACAAUGGCCCCGAGUUCCGACCGCCGUACAAGGGCACCGCCGGACCAUGGUCAGGCACAUAUCACACCGCUAUGGAAGGCAGCCUCAGAGUCCCCUUCAUCAUCCGAUGGCCAGGCCAUGUUCCCACCGGCGUAACCUCCAACGAGACAGUCCACGUAACCGACAUCUUCACCACGAUCCUCGAAAUCGCCGGUUCAGAAGUCCCAUCCGAUCGUCCAAUCGACGGUAUAAGCCAAGUCUCUUUCUUCAAAGACCCAUCAACCGUAAAAUCACAGCGUGAAGGGUUCCUCUUCUACAUCAAAGAGGAGCUGCGUGCGGUCAAGUGGAAGGACUGGAAACUUCACUUGAUCUGGGAGCCAAAGGUGAACCAGUCCUCCGGGAAGCUCGAGUCGCCGUAUUUGUUCAACGUUGUGCGAGAUCCCAAGGAAGAGACGGAUAUCCUAGCGUACAACACUUGGGUCAUGCAGCCAGUCUUGAAGUUGAGGGCAGAGUUUGAGAAGAGUUUGAAGAGUGAUCCCGCGCCGCCGGAUCCUCUGAAGGGUCUGUAA